AAAGCAGCUGUGCCAUAAUAGGAUAUAGACAUGGUCUGCAUGGUAUUCCAGAGAUUCAAGCUCUGAGAAACUUUCUCAAAAUCACUCCAUGUUCCUGAAAGUGGGCCAUUGGAACCUUUUACGUGCUAUAAAGCACCUUCACCACCAAGCUUCCCACUCUCCUUAAACAUAGGCUUCUUCCCUUCCAAUACCCAAGCAAGCUUUCAACAAUCCCUGAAAAAUGCAGCCUGGUGAAGUCACAGGUCUCCAAUAUCUCAUCCCCUCCAAUUUAUCCGCAUAUGCCAAUAACUUUCCCAUGGCUCAGAACAACUUACCUAUGGUGCAACUUAACCAAUUCUCAAAUCCCUUACAUAAUUUCCAAGGAACUACUCAAAUUCAAGAUUUUAAUCGACAUCCAUGCUUGAGUAGCUAUUCAACUUCUGAUGAAGCAGAUGAGCUACAACAAAGCCUCAUUAAUGAGAGGAAGCAGAGAAGGAUGAUAUCCAAUAGAGAGUCUGCACGCCGAUCACGUAUGCGCAAGCAGAAGCAUCUGGAUGAGUUAUGGUCUCAAGUAGUUUGGCUUCGGAAUGAGAAUCAUCAGCUUAUCGAUAAGCUAAACCAAGUUUUAGACUUCCAUGACAAGGUUGUUCAAGAAAAUGCUCAACUCAAGGAGCAGACUUCCAAACUCCGUCAAAUGCUCACAGAACUACAGGUCAAUAGUCCUUACCCCAACUUCAGAGAAAUGGAAGACAUUACCCCCAACACGCCAUCUGAGAGCUGAGGCUGCACCGGUCUUAUAAUAGGUUGUAUAGAUAAGCCAGGGUGAGGAGGAAAUUUUUUCCAUUUCC